AUGCGGCUCUUCGAUUCAGCCCAGAUGUUACACUUGCUCGAGCAGAAGCACACCUGGAAGGAAGGCUCCAAGGAGGAGUCGGGAGGCCCCUGGCCACCCAUCGCCGCCUACGUGCGAAAGCAUGCUAUGACAGGCUCUGAAUUCGUGGCCUGGAAAUACGGAAUGGAGAACGGCAAAUCCUUCCCAGAGAGUCGUGGAGUGGAGAUGGAAUACGAAAAGCAGCAGACCUUGACAUCAGCCAUGGAUGCCCGCUUCGUCUUACCUCGCAAAGAAGGGCGUUUUGGGAUAAUGAUGGCAAACAACGUGCAGUUCGCCUACAACAUCACACUCAAAGAUGCCGAACUGUGCACGAUCUGA